AUGGCAGAGCUUUUUAUUCGAACUCCAUGUAUUCAGAGCAUCCCCAUGUCCAAAGGGCCGUACUCUGUGUACCUGAAGCUGGAGAAUCUCCAGAUACCUGGCUCGUUUAAGCAAAGAGGCAUUGGUCACUUCUGUAAAAAGGCAGUAGAGAAUGGUGCCACUAGAUUUGUUUGUGCUUCUGGUGGCAAUGCAGGGCUUGCUGUGGCCUACUCUGCUCAGUGUCUUAAAGUACCUGCAACAAUUGUCCUUCCCACUACCACACCCGAGUUGGUUGCCAACAAAGUCAGGGACAUGGGUGCUGUUGUAGAGGUACAUGGAGGAGUCUGGGAUGAAAGUAAUGCCUAUGCUCAGAAAUUGGCAACAGAUCCAGGUUGUGUUUAUGUACACCCAUUUGAUCACCCUGAUGUAUGGGAAGGCCACAGUCCUAUGAUUGUAGAAGCAAAAGAACAGAUGCCGUGCCAACCAGAUGUGGUAGUGGCAUCAGUUGGAGGAGGGGGCCUGCUGACUGGAGUAGUACAGGGUAUGCAGAAGGUCGGGUGGCAAGAUGUACCUGUGGUUGCCAUGGAAACUGAGGGAGCUGAGAGCUACAAAAAGGCUGUAGAAGCAGGAAAACUUGUAACAUUACCUGCUAUUACCAGUGUUGCCAAGAGUCUAGGAUCCCUGACUGUGUGUGAAGCAUCACUCGAGAAAUCUAGAGAGCAUAAGAUCCACCCUGCCUUGGUAACAGACCAACAGGCUGUUGAUGCUUGUAUCAAAUUUUCAGAGGACCACAGGAUGUUAGUGGAGCCUGCUUGUGGUGCCAGUCUGGCGGCAGUGUACAGUGAUGUUAUCACACGAUUACAGAAGGAGGGCAAACUAGGGGAGGUAACCUCUGUCCUGAUCAUCGUGUGUGGGGGGAGUGCAGUCACCAUCGAUAAACUCCAGCAAAAGUUUGGGUUAUAA